GCAGCAUCGGCUGUCUGCAUUGUAACCGAUAGAAAACGCUUUCUGGGGGUUCGACGGGAUAUUUUUAAGGAAAUAUGUCGGAUUACUUGAGAUCUGCCCUGGGAUAUUUGAAUGGAGCAACAAAUACGAACGAAUACGUUGGACAAGUACUGGAAAUUAACAAUGUGAAAUUACGCGUGACCAGGCUACUCGCUGAGGGUGGUUGGGCUCUAGUGUUUGCAGUAGAAGAUAUAAGUACAGGGAAGGAAUAUGCCCUUAAGAGACUCAUUGCUGUGGACGAGGACGCAAACAAAAGUAUCAUACAAGAAAUAGAGACUUUGAAAAGGUUAUCGGGCCACUCAAACAUAAUCCAAUAUCUAUAUGCCCAACGUAUAGAUCGCGAGGAUCGCAAAGGCUAUGAAUACUUAUUGGUGACAGAGCUAUGCCCUGGUGGCACACUUGCAGACAUACUCAGAAGCCUAUCAGCUAAUUCCCUUACUCUUGCCCAAAUCUGUAAGAUAGCCUACCAGGCAACCAAGGCUGUACAUCACAUGCACAACCAGCAGCCUGAGCCCCUAGUUCACAGAGACAUAAAACUAGAGAAUUUUCUAGUUGGAAAUGAUGGUCUGAUCAAGCUCUGUGAUUUUGGUAGUGCUUCCAAUCAGCAGAUCUUGCCAAACCCCUCAUGGAACGCUCAGAAACGUGCCACAUUGGAGGAUCAGAUGGCAAAAUACACAACCCCUAUGUACCGUGCACCAGAGAUGAUGGACACCUGGAACAAUGAGCCUAUUGGUCCACCAGUGGACUGCUGGGCCCUCGGUUGUAUAAUUUACGCUUUGAUAACACUGAGACAUCCAUUCCCCGAGGGCAACAAGCUAGCCAUAGUGAAUGGCAAGUAUCCACCACUUCCGCCGAACCCCCGCCUGUCCUGUCUCCAUGACAUAGUGAAGGGAUGCCUGGACGUGUCUCCAGUGCGAAGACUGACCACAUCCAUGAUCCUGGAGCGUCUAGCGGCUAUAGCAGAGUCGAACAACUUUGAUCCCAGAGAACCCCCGAAAGUGGAAGUUGCUGUGAAGACUCAACCUCCUCCCAGACCUACUCCACCGCCCAGUACACCCACCCCUCCACCAAGACCAUCUCCACCAGUUAGUGUACCACCUCCACGACCUUCUCCAGCUCAGACAACCGUGGCCAAAGUCCCGGUAGCUCAAACGUCAGCCUUAUUUAGCUCUCUGAAAGGUGGUGCGGGUAGUAUACUACGCAACCUGAAAGAUACCUCGAGCAAAAUGAUGCACUCUAUGCAGCAGAGCAUGGCCAGAACUGAAUUGGAUGCCAGUUACUUAACUUCACGCAUACUGAUCAUGCCCUAUCCAGCGGAUGGGAUUGAGUCUGCCUACAGAGCUAACCAUGUAGAGGACGUCAGAGCAUUUCUUCAGGCUAGACAUCCUCCACCAGCUCGUAUACAAUUGUACAACCUGUCUCGUGGACGGCCAAAUGUCUCCAGGCUCCCUGGCAGACACAUAGACUGUUCCUUCGCCUAUGCUUCUUCGGAUUCUAACGCUCCACUGCUGUCAGCGCUGUACCAGAUUUGUCAGGAUAUCUAUCGGUACCUGAACGCUGACUUUAACCAUGUUGUAGUGUUGUAUUGUACUGAUGGAUAUAGGGCUAGUGCAACAGUAGCGUGUACUCUCUUAAUCUACGCCAGGGGAUUCUCGACUCCUGAAGAGGCUAUAGCAAUGUUCACAACUAGAAGACAAUCUCCUCAGCUGCAACCCUCAGAAUUGCGUAGUAUUAACUACAUGAGCUUUCUCAGCACCGGUGUACAGCCCCACACGAAACCUCUGGCCCUUCGUUCCUUGGUUAUUCAACCUGUUCCCUUGUUCACCAGGGCUAGAGACGGCUGUAGACCGUAUAUUGAUAUUUAUAGCAACGGUGCUUUGGUAUUUUCCACUAAACGGCCAGAAUAUGAGGAUAUGAGACUGUUCGGGAUGAUGGAGGGCAAGUUUUCCUUGCCAUUGGGUAAUGCAACUGUCAGAGGAGAUGUUACUAUAGUUAUAUAUCAUGCCAGGCAGCAACUGGGCCGCGUGAUCGGGAUCAAGAUUGCCUCUGUUCAUUUUCAUACUGGUUAUAUACCAUUGACUGAGUCUGCAUUGACGUUUAAGAAAAAGGAUUUGGAUGACGCGCCGGAAAUUGGCUCGAACUUUAGCGUUAUCUUAAAUAUCGUGGUAACUGAGGAGAAUUUUAAGCUAGCUAGAGUUCCAGCUCCAUGGGAAGCGGAGUUGUCCACGAAUUUGGAGCCUGAUCCACUGUUUGCAUCUACCUUGGAGAUGGAAGAGACUUUGGAAAGUUUCAGAAUUUCGAAGCCAGAAGAGAUUCAGAAGGAAGUGAUAACCCCACCACCGCCUGAAGCACCCAGUAGCGUGAACGAAGAAGUGCCUCAACAACCAGUAGAGAGCGCGGAAGUAGAGCUAACGGAAGAAGAGACUAAAUUACAAGAAGCAGACUUGUUGAACUUAGGAAUGCCAGACACCAGUACCUUAAAUACUCCUCAGCCAGCACCAAACCCUGGAUUAGAUAUUUUUUCUAGUUCUAGUCAAAAAGAAAAUGAUCUCUUAGAGGGUUUUGGUGUUUUUGCUCAGCAAGAAACAAAGACUACAGCCGAGAACAACCUGCUCUUCGGACACGAUCAGCCUACACCUAGGAACGAUACUACUAACAAUAAUUUAAACAACUUAUUCUUCAAUCAGAGUAAGCAACCCGUAAACAAACAGAGUCUGAAUGACUUCUUUGACCCUCUGAUUGGAACAACGACGAACAAUCUCUUAGGAGGCAUGCCAGGAUCCAAGCAGAAUACCGUAAAGCCUCCAAACGUUGAAGAGAACUUACCAAGAAACUCCAGCGUACCAAAUUUUGCAGCACAGAGUAAAGAUCCAUUCGCUAACCUCGCCAGCUCUUUAGGAGCUGGUCUAGCCUCCAGCUGGAACGUAACACCGAGAAAUUCCAAUACUCCACAGUCGGCCAGUCCCGCUCCGGCUAGCACACCCAUUCAUUCGAGUCCUAAUACGCACAGAAAUACCUCCAACGAGACCAAUACCGCGGACAACAAUAGUGCACCAGGCAAUAAAACAACGAAAUCCGGUGGAGAUGCCUUCGAGGAUCUACUUGGUAGUCAAGGAUAUAAUUUCUUCAGCUCCAGGAAGGCGGAGAAGGACAGUCCAAAGACAAUAAAUCAAAUGAGGAAAGUGGAGGCGGCAAAAGUUAUGGAUCCUGAUAGCAUGAAGAUCGCCGAGUGGACGGAAGGCAAGAAGGGCAAUUUGCGUGCUCUUCUUUGCUCUAUGCAUACGGUUUUGUGGCCAGAGGCAGACAGAUGGCAACGCUGCGAGAUGCACCAGUUGGUCAGCCCUGCUGACGUGAAGAAAGCCUACAGGAAAGCUUGCCUGGCCGUGCAUCCGGAUAAGCUAGCCGGCACGGCCAACGAGAACAUAGCAAAGUUGAUUUUCAUGGAACUGAACAACGCCUGGAGCACAUUCGAGAACGACGCGUCGCAACAAAAUUUAUUUAGCUAAUUCCAAUGACUGUUAUACUACACUUGUUAUGUCCAAGAUUUAAUAAG